CCCUCGUGAGCCGUACCUGUGUCCUGUAUGGUGGCCCCGUGGUUGUUGUUUUUUGUUGUGUGUGCACCGUGUAUUUGUUUUGCCAACAACCCUUCCUGUAACAACUCGGGUUGCAGUACUCCAUUUGGAGCAUUCAGUGUUUGCCAUUCGGGGUAAAGUUCCUGAAAAAACCGGAAGUAUUGCUAUGUAAGGAGUGUUAUUCGUGGUGUGACAAGCAUAUGGAUGUGGGUAGAGUAGGCCAUGGAUAUUCUUUGGGCAGUUCACCACAGCCACCGAUCAACCGUACACAUCAACAUCAGAGAAAAAGAAGAGAGCGAGCGAGAGAGAGAGAGAGAGAGAGAGCCAAUUGGUACAAAGCAGUAAAGAAAGAGAGGGUAUUAAAAUCUUGAAAUCAAAUGUUCUUCCCCGACGGAUGACGGUGUUUGGAAAUUAGUGUUCGGAAUAGCGUGAGACAAAAAAACCGUGGGAACAAAAACCGCGGAUGAUGGAAAUGUGACUGCGUGUAUGCGUGUGCGUAUGUUGGUGUGUGUGUGUGUGUAUAUGUUGGUGUUCAAUGUGAACAGAUCGAAGCAACCUUCGUGGGAGAGAGCGGAUGUGCGAAAUGAGAUGUGUCAAAUUAGUGGGUGAAUAGUCCUCGCGGAAGCUGUUCCUUUUAUCGGGACGGGGAAUAUCAAGAAGGUUACGGGAUAUCUUGCCAAAAGCCGUUUUAUCACGUACAUCAGUAGAGAUGUAGGUUGUGUGUGAGGCCUUUUUUUUAACUUGGAAUAUAUCCCAAACUCCCGUAAAUGUUGUCCUUUGUUUGGAUCGGGAACAAUAGCACAGCAACACCCAGUCGCGUCUUCUGGUUUUGUGGGUCGCAUAAGGAAGGAAUCUAAGUUGCGAAUACACUGUGAUGGAGACACCUUGCAGGCAGAGUCAGGAGGGUGGCCCUGUCGCCCUGUCGCCCAUAUUGCGAGUCGUCAACCAGCGGGGUGGUUAAAGAAAGUGCGGAAGUGUGAACGUAUCCUCGCCGCUGGUGUGAUCCGCCGAGUGGAAAGUGUGGUUCGAGUGACAUGAGUGAGUGAUGUUGAAUGGAAAUUUUCACAAGCGAUUAGUGGUCGGAAAAGCUUUCGUGUGAAAAUCUUGAAGAAGAAUAGCUCGCUGUUUCCCUUUCUGUGGCCGCAGCGAGUGGUGAAAGGAUGUAUCUUACCACACUGCAAGUCGCACUUUACACCUGCUGAAGUGAGGUUCCUUUUUACUACGCCCCACGCCUUCUACGAUGGGCAUCGUCGUACAGUAGCGGCGCUUCGUCCCUGUGGGAAAUUCCUCCGUGUGUGUGUGUGUGUGUGUUUGUGUAUCGUAGGAAACAAUCCUCCGCGUGUCCAAGGAACGAUGGAGCGGGUUUGGCGUAAAGUCAAUCAGGGCCUCACUUUACGAUCCUCCUCAUCGAAGUCGGCGGCAACGGCCGGUGGUGGCGCAAGCGGUGGACCAAAUGCUGCGUCCCUCGUCACGGCUGGUCCCUCGGCCGGUCCUUCCGCCGGUGGACCGACGCAUCAUUCGACCGACACGACCAGUUCGGCCGGUUUCGGCGAGUCACAGGUGGUGGCCGUGCAAAGGCGCCGGUCGGUGGUGGCGCCGCAGGCGAGCACGGCCUCGUCCGAAAAGCGGCGACGCCGGCGGCGCCGCAGUCGCCCCAGCAGGGAAGGCGCAUCGCAAAGUGGCCACGGGUCGGGAGGCCACCACAAAGGACAUUCAUCUGGCGGCCGGCGGAGCAACAGCCAAUCGGUUACCAUCGCGCAACAGUCCAACGAACAAUCGCUCAGACAACGAGCCGUGGCACGGUUGAAGAUGUUCAACUUCAACCUCAACUGGGACCUGCACAUGACGCAGUGCAAACCGUGCGGGCCUAAGAGCAGCGGCAACAUUAUCACUCGCAGGCUGUGCCGCAAUCGGCGCGGCGAGGACAACGAACUCUACCGCUCGAACAGCUUCAAGUUCGAGCGGUUCGAACGCAAGGACCCGAUGGAAGCGGGCGCCAGGACAAUGCUGCGGAAACAGAUAUCCGUCUGUGAUGACUACAGCUUACCGAUUGACUUUGUAAAGAAACGACCGUCCAGUUUUGAUCCCUGCCUCGUACAGCAUAUACCAACCAAUUGGGCCUCCCCAAGUCCACAAUCAGAACACGUUUCAUUUCUAGAACCAUUGCUACUGCAGCAACCCUUGUCAGCGGUUCCGACCAUCGUCAGCAAUAACGUACCGGGCAGUGUAACGAUCGCAUCGUCCGGCAUUCCACCAGGUACCGGUACCAUCGGUCGUCCAUCACUCCCGCUCGUCCCAUCAGCUUCCGGUCCAUCGCUGUGCCCUAUCCCUGCACUACAGCCAGGUCCGGACGCAGCUACUACAGCAGCGGCCCAUACUGUCGCCAUCAAAACACUCGAAGAGAUCUUCGAUACCCGUCGGAGCUAUAAACCGGCCGGCAGGCAUCGCGCUAGAAGCCGCACAAGGCGUCCAGACAGUUGUUCGGAGGUGAAGUACAUCAAUCAAAACUUUAGUUCCGGUUCAUCGGCACCGAUAUCUUCUGAGGAGGAAGAUAACGACGAAGAGGAGGACGAGCUCAGCAAGAUACCGGAGCUGAACUCACCCGACAGCAUAUCGGACGAUCUCGUGCAAGCACUACCCUUGCGACAAAGCCCCAUCAAGACGACAGGUCCUGAUACAGCCAAACGGAACCCAUCGCCCUACUAUUAUUCCGACUUGCUGAAGAACAAACAGCGCGAAAGGGAAGGAACUGAACUAAUUCCAGCAGACACUGGACUGCCUGCGAAUCUUCCAACAGUACAGCAAACGCCCACAGCAGAAGCGGUCCGUCGUGAUCCUCCCGUCCGCUACAAAAAGAGCAGCAGCCUAGACACACCGGGCGCGGAGAAGGAAGUCCCGCUACCGAAGCGAUACUCCAUCACCGAGGAGGGCGUACGGAUCAUACGGUGCGACUCCCCAUCCACCACUACCUCGGACGAUUCGGACUGCUCCGAAUGUUGCAAGCGGCGGGCGUGGCAGGCGCAAGCGUUAGCGAUCACCCGGGCAACCUGUAACCUUGGGCCGCGCGUCGAUUCGAUGCCACCGCACCGUCUGCUCGGACCGGCGGCAGUCUGUGCCUGUGCAACGCCCCAGGCGUUCGGCGACGACGAUGACAACGAUGAUGAGCUGUUCCGUCCGCGCAGUAUCUUCUACGUGCACCAACCGGGCGCCGCCGACUGUGCUGACUGUGCACUAGGAGGGGCAGGUGAUCUGCAGAGUUCCACCCCGGCACAGGACGAGAUGGCGAACGUGCGCACGCGCCAAAUCUACGAGACGGCGUUCGAUUCGAAGAUAACGCGCUCGGACGACGAUCUCGAUGAGGUGGACCGGAUCACCAACCAGAGUGUGCUGCUGCAGCUGACGAAGAGUAACAGCAGUAGUGCGAGCAACAUGGUAACUGGGGGAGCACCGCCAGCGUCCCGCACUAAGCGGCUGGACACGAAGCGGACCAAACCCGCGAGCAGUAAAACGCCUUCCGGCGGUGGGCAGGACAUUGCAGGGGCUCAGCCAGUCUUGGAAGAAGCCAAGGCGGAUCAGCUGGCCCAGGAUCUGCAGGAGAAGCUGCAGCUCGACAAACAGAUGGACAAUAUAGCGAACGCCAACUCCACGUCUUCCUCUCAGCUGCCCCUGCGGGGUUAUACGCCGUCCCCGCCGUCGACGGCACCGCUGCCGAUGAAGUUCCCCGGGAAGCAUGAGCGGUUCUUUAUUAGCAGCAUCAAGAGUGCACCGAAUCUGCCCUCCUCCAAUGCGGGCGCUCAGCAUCCGAGGUUGAAGGAUCUGCGGUUGGACAUACAGAACGUGCGCAACAAUGACGGUGCGGGUGGGAGUAGCUGCGAUGGCAGCAUUGCCGAGGGGGCACCGUUUGGGCAUGGGAGUAAGGUGGGUGAACGGCCCCGUUCGACGCUCUGUCUCGAGCCGGAGCGGGUGCUGGAGUUGAAGCGAGGUCAUCGUGGUGCGUCCCAUCACCAUCAUGGUAAGCAGCAGCAGCAGCAGCAUCAGCGUGGACGUGGGAACUUUUCCUCCACGGAAAGUAUGGCUACUUCGAGUAGUGGCGGUAGCAUGGAGUCGUUAAAGUCGAGUACGAGCGAAGGGAACCGCAGUACGUCCAGUUCGGACUCGCGGCACUCUUCGUCGCUUAGUUCGCACAGUUCCGACUCGGGACCGUCGCUGGCGUUCCCGCUGAGGGUGCCGGUGGCCAUACACAACAAGCUGAACAUACUGAGUCCAAUCUCGGACAAGUCGUCUCAAGAGCCGGGCUCGGAGACGUCAGACAUUAACAACCGCAACAACAACUCGCAGAAGCAGUCGCCCGUCGAUGGUACUACGGGUGGUGGUACUGUUGCUGGUGGAGGAAGUGGUACGUUGAGCAAGAAAGAGGGAGAGGAGAGCGCUGGUGGUGGUGCCGUAGGUACGGAGGCUGUGAAAACGAACGUCACAAAGAGACGUUCGGCACCGAACAAGGCAUUGCUGUUAAUAACGGGUCCCGAAAUACAAGGCUCCGACAGUGGCAUCUCGCUACACUCCCGGGAGGAUCUAAAAUCCCGGACAAACUUUUUAAACGCCAGCCUUCAGCGGGCCUCCCUCGGCCAGGACAAGCAGAGCGACCAUGGCAAGGGACAGUCGGGACUGCCGCAGGACCUAAGCGAUCUGCCGUUCGAUAUGCCAAAGCUGCGAAGAAGAAGAGCACACCUGCAGCAGGAACCGUGCACAUCUGGCAGUGUCACGUCGGUGGACGUGGGUGAUUUACCCUUCGAUAUGCCGAAGUUGCGGCGCCGGCUAAGGUUGUCCCAAAAUCAGCAACAUCAGCAGCUGCUACAGCAACAACAGCAACAACAGCAGCAGCAGCAGCAUCAGUUGCAGCAGCACCCAUUCCAGACCAGCACGGCUGCGUCGACAUCGGGCGCCGGUAUGCUGCUGCAGACGAGCACCGAAUCAAGCGGGCUGUCCCAAGCCUCCUCCAGCCUGUCGAUGCGAGACUCCGAUAGCAAGCUGGCACUAGCAGGAGGAUUCUUUAAGCAAAGUUUGACACUAAACCUGAACGAAUGUGGCCAGCGGCCGCCGAAAAAGUUCGGUACGCUCGAUCUUGGCCUGAACCUGGGCACAAACAGGCCAAACGUGGACCUCAUCGAUGCAUCCAUUCCACUCGACCGGCAAGGUUGGUACCAUGGUUCCAUCAGCCGGAUCGAUGCGGAGAAAAUCCUUCGACCACUGUCGGAGGGCAGCUUCCUCGUACGUAACAGCGAAUCAACUCGACAGGAUUAUUCACUCACGCUGAAGAGCGCCAAAGGCUUCAUGCACAUGCGGAUACAGCGGGACGCCGACUCGGGCCAGUUCAUCCUCGGUCAGUUUAGCCGCCCGUUCCCAACGAUACCGGACAUGAUCAGGCACUUCUGCCUGAACCGGCUGCCGGUCCGUGGUGCCGAGCACAUGUGUCUUCUCGAGCCGGUCAUUGCGCAAAUCCUAUGAGCUGCACUAUAAGCGCAGCGCAGGAAGCUGGGAAGGAAGCCGCUUUUACGCGUUUGGUUUUGUAAAUUUGGUGGUGUUUUAGAAAGCAAAAAAAACUGAAAGUUUAAAGCCGAGAGGAGAAGAAGAGAAGAAAACACAAGUAACAGGAUAAUAAGAACAUAAACAUACCGUAGAAAGGGAUUUACUUGCAAACAUACACAUACACACAGCAACAAAAUGCAUAAACAAAAGGUGAAAAGAAGCUAAUUUUGUAAUGCAGCAGCGCAUAACUUUAGGCGUUCUAUCCCUUUUCGUGAAUGUAUAGAGACAUUUCGCCUGCAAGUAUGCAAUUCACUCAGCAGCGUAGCGCCAAUUUUGCACACGCCAAAGGUAGGCUCUCCCUUUCCCAUCGCGGUAGGCGGCUUCGUUUUAAUGGAAAAUAGACCACAGAAAAAGACACAAACAAAAAACACAGUUUUUUAUGAAAAUGCAAAAACCAAACACAGCGCCUGAUAGUCUUCUAGAAAAUGUAGAAGAACGUUAACCUCAUGCAAAAGCAACCCAAAUAACAUGGUAAAGGUACAUGAUUUGCAAAACAAAAUGGUAUGAUUGUGCAGUUUUUUCAAUGCAACGUGCAGUUAACACAAAACACGUGAAAACAUACACAACAAACAGACACACACGCACACAAAUUAGAAAAGCCCGCUCUCGCGGAGAGGGAGAGAGAGAGAGAGAGAGUCCUUUAGAAGCCCGCAGUUUAGGAGCUCUUUUAGCAGCAGAAUUUGUGUACAAAAAAAAAAAAAAUAACGGAGAGAAAAGCAAAAUCCUCAGUUUACCGUAGCAAGAGUGAGAAAGAAAGAGAGAGCGAGAAGUAAGGGUUCGCUUGCUAGGCAGUUUGUGUUUUCAGCAGUUGUUUUUGAGUUUGGUAAGUCUUAUCAUUGGUGACAAUAAUGUAAUUGUUUUGUUCGCGCAAAGCAACGGAACGGCAAUUUUCGUGGUUGGUAAAAGAAGGGUUUGCUGGACAGGACAGAAGGUAGAAAUAUGGAUGCAAUUGGGUGUGCGUGCAAUAUAGUGGCAAAUAGAGAGGCUAUGUAAGUAGAAAGAGAAAAAGAGAGAGAGAGAAAAAACGAUGUAGCCAGAAAUGUGUGUAGAAAUGUCGUUUCAAAUGUUGUGAUACAAGAGGCGGUACUCGUUUUGUUGAUACUAAAAAAAAGAAAAGAAAAGAUAAAAACUCACUGGUUUCCUUCACUUUCACGUUACUAUAAAUAAGUUUACGCUCAGCCCUCGUCCUCUCUAUUACUCCCAUAUCAUCAGGAUGCUAGGGAAGGUAAAUUUAACAGAGAGAAAGUGAAAGAAAGAAUGAGAGAGAGAGAGAGAGGGACGAAAGGCAAAGAUUAAAUCUAACUUAAUCAUUAUUAAACCAAAAACACUUAAUGUAAAUGUAAUCCGAAGCGCUCCCCCAUUUAUAUAGGUUUCGAAGUUGAAAAGAACAAGAAAGAGAGAGAGAGAGAGAAAGAGAAACACACAGUGUGUAGAGAAAAGAAGAAAAAAGGAAAGAAAUGUAAAUCGAAUGCCAAAAAACAACUCUUCCUAUGUUGAAAGGAGCCAGAAGGAUGAACGGUUUUUCUUCCACUUCAUAUAUGUAAAACAGUCGGUGGUGCUAACAUACUCAGCACCUGUUUUGUCUCGUACACAAUUCAAUAAGUUUCUUUUCUUUUUUUAAAUGAAAGUUCGUUAGCGUCUCCACUGUAUGAGGGAAUGUUGUGAGUGCAAAAUACCAGUAGGGAAGAAAAGAGCAGAGCGAAGCAUACAGCUUUUCUGUGCGAAUAGCGGAUGGUAGCGCGAAGGUAGCGGUAGACGAACCCUGCAUUUUUGUGUACUGUAAACGGGUACUAGAGCACCCGGGCUAACUUUCGUAGGCGAGAGAGGGAAGAAGCUGGAUAAAAAAAAAAACGUUACGGUUCCGUUCUAGUGUUGAAUAGUGUGUGCCACCGUAGUAAGUGAGAGAGAGAGAGGGAGAAGGUACUAUUGAAGAACAAAAAAUCCAUAUUUAACACUGAAAGUCAUGUCAGUUAUUAAUCAUUAAAUAGGAGACACGCUAGGGCGUGUGUGUGUGUAUGUGUGUGAAAAGGGGAACUGUGCAUACUAAGGGAGAAAUGGAUCUUCUCCUUUCUGUUUGCAUCGAUUUCAAUUACACGUUGCUGAAUAGCAAGCAGCAGAAGAAGCACAAACACGCAACGCAACGUGAAGUCCCAUUUUUUUGGUCAUAGUUUACAUCAGCAUAGGUCUUUUUUUGUUGUGCAAAUCCUACUUAAGAGAAUCAACUCGCAACAAAAUGACUCAAGUACUUCCUCCUCCAAGAACUCUCUAGGCGCUGCUAGAAAAGGUGUCGUAUUCCUAUUGUAAUAGAAGCAAACACAGAAACACAUACACAUUCUAUUGGUAAGGAUAGAAGCAGCAGUCGUAUAGUUUUACCUACACCUAAGCAUUCGUUUCAAGUGCUGAAAAGCUGAGUAGAGCUAAACCAAAGGGAGAAUCCCAUGAAUGAAGAACAUUACUCUCUCAUUUUCACACCACUCAACACAAAAAAUACACUCAGACACACAGACACACAGACA